UUCCUGUCUCCGGGUUUUCAAGGCAUCCGUUUAAAAUCCACCUCUCUGGCGCGCUGAAAGCUCGGGCUGUCUGGGGAAGCGAGAGAGGGAGUGUAUAGAAGCUCGCUAGGAGGACGCAGAAGGGGGAGUGGAAGCAACUGAUAAGCAGCGAAGGUGGCCCGGGAGAGGCGCGGCGGGAGGGCUGAGCUCGGAGAUCGCUUUGCAGGCGUGAUCGGAGAGCAACCGAUGAAGAUCAUGGGGGAUCACUCGCCUGCCGAUGUCGGCUGUUAGCAAGUGGAGGAGGAGCGGCAGAGCCAGCCUAGUUGGGAAAGAGCCCGGAGUGGGAGACUCGCUUGCUUUGAUUUGCGCCGGGGGUGUUGGGGGGUUCGAACGUCCAGCGCUUCUCCGACCAGGCGGGACCGCUUCGCUAUGCCCUUCGCUAAGCGGAUCGUGGAGCCUCAGUGGCUUUGCAGGCAGCAGAACGUCGCCUCUGUGCUGGAGGAGAAGCCGGCCAGCGAGCCUCAACCCGGGAGCCAGCGAGAGGAGCCCGGGGAAACGGGCGACGAGCCGGAGGAAGAGGCUGCCGCUGCUGGGCUGGCUGUAGUGGCCAGCGAGGGGGGGAAGGAGAACGAAGGCGCGGCGGCUGCGGUGGUGCCGGACCUGGGCUCGGUCAGCAACGUGACUCUCUCGCGGAUCCUCCGGCAACUCUCCGAUGUGGCCCGGCAUGCCUGCGCCCUCUUCCAGGAGAUCGAGACCGAGAUCCAGGUCACCCACCGCAGGGUCCGGGCGCUGCACAGCAAGAUCGGCGGCGUCCAAGGGGUGAUCCACAGCCUCGAUCCCAAGCAGGAGGCAGUGCCUGUCUCAAACCUGGAUACAGAGAGUAAAUUAAGUGUGUACUAUCGUGCGCCUUGGCAUCAGCAAAAAAGCAUUUUUCUUCCUUCCACCAGACCAGCUUGUGUAGAGGAGCUGCAUCAUCAUGCCAAGCAGAACUUGCGAGCAUUGAGGAGAGAGCAACGGAAUCGGGAUAGAGAACAGAAAGUCCUGGGCCCAGUUUCUGUGGUGGCUCCCCCAUUUCCCUCUUUCCCUGCAGUUUACAAUCAGAAAAGCAAAGAGACAAAGGACCGCCACUCACUAAAAUUUUACAGCACCCGCUCGCCCUCCCCCACUGAGUGUUGCCACAUGACCCCAUGGAGUAGAAAGUCACACCCUCCAGAGGAAGAAGAUACAGAUGUCAUGUUAGGGCAGAGGCCGAAAAAUCCAAUACAUAAUAUUCCUUCUACACUGGAUAAGCAAACCAAUUGGAGCAAAGCACUACCUCUCCCAACUCCAGAGGAGAAAAUGAAACAAGAUGCCCAAGUGAUCUCCUCUUGCAUUAUCCCCAUCAAUGUCACUGGAGUUGGUUUUGACAGAGAGGCUAGUAUACGCUGCUCUCUUGUUCACUCACAAUCUGUACUACAGCGGAGACGGAAAUUGAGAAGGAGGAAAACCAUCUCUGGCAUCCCCAGAAGAGUCCAACAAGAAAUAGAUUCUGACGAAUCACCCGUAGCAAGAGAACGGAAUGUGAUUGUGCAUGCAAAUCCAGACUUUUCUAAUAACAUCAACAGAAGGUCAGGCACUAGGGAUUCUGAGUGCCAGACAGAAGAAAUCCUCAUUGCUGCUCCAUCUAGAAGAAGAAUCCGAGCACAAAGGGGCCAGAGUGUGGUAGCUUCCCUGUCUCAUUCAGCUGGCAAUAUAUUGGUGCUGACAGACAACGGCGAUACUAUGUUUACAGCAUCAGUAAGCAACAAAGUUCGAUCAAGGAGUCUUCCUCGUGAAGGUGCUAGAGCCAAUGAAGUGGAACACAACACUGGUGCCAAAAUACCAGCAUAUGAUGCAGAACACUUUUUAGCAAACCAAGAAAGAAUACCUACAAACAGCAAAGAUGGUAUCAAUAAUCAGCGUUCAAAAGAACACCAUCCUAUAGGUUUAACUUGUUCUCAGUAUCUUCAUAGUCCAGAUCGUAACUCAAAUGAGAGAGGGAGAUCAAGGUUAUCAAGGAUGGCAGAUUCUGGAAGUUGUGAUAUUUCAUCAAAUUCUGACACAUUUGGAAGUCCUAUUCACUCUAUUUCUACAGCUGGAGUCCUUCUCAGUAGUCACAUGGAUCAGAAAGAUGAUCACCAAUCAUCCAGUGGUAACUGGAGUGGAAGCAGCUCAACAUGUCCUUCCCAAACAUCAGAAACUAUUCCUCCUGCGGCCUCUCCACCACUCACUGGUUCUUCACACUGUGAUUCAGAGUUAUCUCUGAACAUUGCCCCUAAUGCCAAUGAAGAUUCAAGUGUUUUCAUAAUGGAGCACUACAGUGAUCAAAUAGAUAAGAUUAGAGGUCAUCGGACAAGUUCCUUCACUUCCACUGUGGCUGACUUGCUUGAUGAUCCCAAUAACAGCAACACAAGUGACAGUGAAUGGAAUUAUUUGCAUCAUCAUCAUGAUGCAUCUUGCAGGCAAGAUUUCAGUCCUGAACAUCCUAAGGCAGACAGUUUGGGAUGCCCAAGUUUUACAAGCAUGGCCACUUAUGAUAGUUUUAUAGAAAAGUCACCAUCUGACAAAGCAGACACAAGCUCACAUUUUUCCGUUGACACUGAAGGCUAUUAUACCUCCAUGCACUUUGACUGUGGUCUCAAGGGAAGUAAAAGUUAUAUUUGUAACUAUGCAGCUGUGGGCUCUGAGAGUGGCCAGAAUGCAAGUGUUGCUUCCAAUUUCACUAACUGUGCCUGGCAGGAUUAUGUAAACCAUAGGAGGCAAGGAAAACAAAGCAUAUCUCUUAAGAAACCAAAGGCAAAGCCAGCCCCACCAAAACGCAGUUCGUCUUUAAGAAAAUCUGACAGCAGCAUAGAUCUUCCUGAGAAGAAAGAACCAAAGAUAAGCAGUGGGCAGCAACACAUGCCUCAUACGUCCAGGGAAAUGAAGCUGCCCCUUGAGUUUUCAAACACGCCUUCAAGAGUUGAAACCGGUAAUCUGCCAAGCAACCAGGAACACUCCUGGGAUAAUCAGGAUGAGAGUGGAUUAAAGGAUCCUCAGUUUGACACCAUGGACAUUCCAUCAUUUAAAGAUGAAGGUGCUGAACAAUCUCACUAUGCAGAUCUCUGGCUUCUAAAUGACUUGAAAUCUAAUGAUCCUUAUAGAUCUUUAUCCAAUUCUAGCACUGCUACGGGUACUACAGUCAUAGAAUGCAUAAAGUCGCCAGAAAGUUCUGAAUCACAAACAUCACAGUCUGGAUCAAGAGCCACUACUCCAUCCCUCCCUUCUGUUGAGAAUGAGUUUAAGCUGGCUUCCCCAGAAAAGUUGGCUGGUUUAGCUUCUCCCUCGAGUGGUUAUUCCAGUCAGUCUGAAACACCAACAUCUUCUUUUCCCACAGCUUUCUUUUCUGGACCCUUAUCUCCAGGGGGGAGUAAACGGAAGCCAAAAGUACCAGAAAGGAAGUCCUCCUUGCAACAGCCUGUUUCUAAAGAUGGCAACAUAUCUCUUAACAAAGAUCUAGAACUUCCGGUUAUACCUCCUACUCAUCUUGACCUAAGUGCUCUUCAUACUGUAUUGAAUAAACCAUAUACUCACAGACACCAACUCCAUGCUUUUAAUAAUAAACAGAACAUAGUGGAAGAAGCACUAAACUCUAACUCUCCACAAGCCCUUGCUAUUACACCUUCAGUUCUAAAGUCUGUACAUCUUCGAUCAGUUAGUAAGCCUGAAGAAGUGAAACAAAAAGAUAAUACAGACCUUCUACACAUUCAAGGAAACACUUCAAUGGUGACAGCUAUUUCUUCAGGUAAAAUGAAAUUACAUGUAAGCAAGAAACAAAUAUCACGCCAAUACUCUAUGGAAGAUGCCAUAGUUUCCUAUAUCGAUGCCUCUCCAGUGUGGAUAAAUCCAGAAAAACAGCAACCAGAACACAGCUUGACUUUCAAUGAGAAAAGCAUCUGUAAUGAGUCCAUGUCUUCAGUGAAUGUGGGUGCUCCAGUAGCUAAAUAUGUAACAGAGCAAAUGCAUCCAGUUCAUGAGCUUUUACUUGACACUCCCUUAAGUAAAGCUGGUAGUAGUUCUGCUGAAGGGUUUCCAAAAAGUUCAGCAGUCUUUUCAAGCAAUUCUGAAGAGCGGAUAACCUCUUGUGGCUCUGACCAGGAGAGAAAUCUUGAACCUGUGCAGCUUCAGCAAGAAUUGCAUACACACUGUGAACAAAAGUUGGAAUCUGAACCUGUGAAUGAAAACAUAUCCCAGUCUGACCCCUCAGAUGGGGGAACAGACAUGAGUCAUCAGUUAAAGCAUCAGUUUGAUCUAAGCUACCCUGAUGACAAAGUGCCUGAGAAUAUCAGCUAUGAAUCAGAGAUCUUAACUGUAGAUUCACUCAGUGAAAAAUGUUCUGAGCAGGAAAAUGAUAUUGCAUCAGGUAUUCCAACCAAAAGUGCCUCAGAUAACAGUGACAGUAUAGCUGCUGAGACACAAGGAACUCCAGAUGAUAGUGAUUUGAAAGAAUCUUCUCUGAGUGAUGAUUCCAUAAUUUCACCCUUAAGUGAAGACUCUCAGGCUGAAAUAGAAGACGUUUUUGUCUCUCCAAAUAGGCCUCGAACAACAGAGGAUUUAUUUGCAGUCAUUCACCGGUCAAAAAGGAAAGUGCUUGGAAGAAAGGAUUCUGGAGACCUGUCCACAAGAAACAGAUUGAGAGCUUCGUCUAGCACUAGCAGCUUGUCUCCUGCCAGCAGUACAUCAACUGCAUGUAAUCCUCUGCCUACUGCUGCUGUGGCAAAUGCAGCCUGCAGCCAGCGGUCUCCUGGCCUUAUUUACAGGAAUGCCAAGAAGUCCAACACUUCUAAUGAGGAAUUCAAGCUGCUGCUCCUGAAAAAGGGAAGUAGAUCUGAUUCCAGCUAUAGGAUGUCAGCCACUGAGAUACUGAAGAGUCCUAUUUCCCCCAAGUCUCCUGGAGAAACAAUUGCAGAUUCUCUUCUAACUGCUGAUGAGUCUUCCCAAGUCUCAUCAGGUGCUGAGGCAUUAGCUCCUCUCUCUCCCUGCCCUCCAAGAAUAAAUGCAGAAGGGUUUUCUUCCAAAAGUUUUCCUACAUCAGCAUCUUCACGUGUAGGACGGUCACGGGCUCCCCCGGCAGCCAGCAGCAGCCGGUAUAGUGUCCGUUGCAGACUGUACAACUCCCCAAUGCAAGCAAUUUCAGAAGGAGAGACUGAAAAUUCAGAUGGAAGCCCACACGAUGAUCGAUCUUCACAGAGUUCAACAUAGGCUUUAUAAGUGCCAGAGAACACUUUUGACUGUUAAUGGGAGAACUCUGCAAAUGCUUGGUUCAUGUGCAUAUGAGAGCAGACCAAUUCUGUAGCAGUAAAA